UACUGAAGAACCUAUGAUGACGUCAUGUCGCAGCAGGUGCGAGGACCUCUCGAUCAAGGCCUGGAAGAGCCUGACAAGGACCAAGACCUUAGAGGCCGAUAUCAUGAAGACGCCGCUCAAACGAUGCCUGUCAGCGGUCCAUCUCGCCUUCUUCGGAGUUGGGCAGAUGGCUGGUGCGGGAGUGUACGUCCUGACAGGGACUGUCGCCAAGAACCGGGCGGGGCCCGCAACAUUCCUCUCGUACUUUAUCGCCGGGUUGAUCGCUUUCCUUUCCGCGUUGUGCUACGCAGAGUUUGGCGCUCGAGUUCCGAAGGCGGGGUCCUCCUACACCUACGCUUAUGUCACUGUCGGAGAGUUCUUAGCGUUCGUGAUCGGAUGGAACAUAUUAUUGGAACAUUGCAUCGGCGCGGCUAGUACUGCGCGUGCGUGGGGUGGGUCGAUUGACGCGAUAUCCAACGGUGCAGUCAAAAACUUCACAUUGACCUACAUUGGUGGUAUGAACAUGACAGGUCUGGCAGAAUACCAAGACUUCCUUGCGCUCGCAAUCAUCAUAGUACUGGCAAUAUUUGUUGCUUUAGGUGCGAAAGUUAGCAUGAACUUUAACAGUUUCAUAGCAGUUUUGAACAUGGCUAUAACUGUGCUGAUCGUAGGGGUGGGGUUCUAUAACGCAGAUUUAAAAAAUUGGACCAACAAAGAUCACGGCGGUUUCCUACCGUUUGGUUUUGGGGGUGUGAUCAGUGGUGCGGCCAUGUGCUUUUACGGGUAUGUCGGGUUUGAUGGGAUCGCCAUCGCUGGGGAGGAGGCGGAGAAUCCGGCCAAGGCAAUCCCUAUCGCAAAUGGACUCGCUAUGUCCAUCGUGAUGAUAAUGUACGUGUUGAUGUCAUCUGCGCUAACUCUCAUGGUGCCGUAUUACGACAUUGACCCAGCCGCAGCAUUUUCCGUCGCGUUUCGCGACCUCGGUUUCGGAUGGGCGGAAAUAGUUGUGACAGUUGGCGCCCUUGUGGCAAUUACGGGAACUACUCUUGGGAACUUGUACGCAGUGCCGCGGAGUGCUUGGGCUAUGGCAAGUGACGGUUUAUUGUUCGAUUUCCUCUCCUACAUACAUCCUACCAGAAAAACACCCAUGGUGGCGAUCCUUGUUUUCUCCAUCCUUGCUGGCAUCCUGGCGGUCAUACUGGACUUAGCAACCCUAGCCGAGUUCGUCUCCUUGGGUACGCUUAUGGCAGUGACAGUUGUAUCAGCUUGUGUCAUCGUCCUACGUUACCAGGGGAUCGAAGACUGUCAGUUUAAGAUCAAAGACCCAGACGCCGACUCGAACACUUUCAACAAAGACGCUGAAUCAUACAAAGAUAAGCUGAUAGAGUUAGAAAGGGGAGAAGACUUUGGGAGGUUGAAACAACAGUUCAAGGAUGUGCCAAUCCUCAGAACAUUUGCCCCUGGCAAAGCAGUGACUCUGGCAGUGGCCAUCAUGGCCGUCCUAAUGUUCGCCAUCGCCAUCUUGAUAAUCGCUGGAUUGCAGGACCUAAAGAACUCCUCCUGGUGGCUGAUACUGAUACUAAUCGGGUUGUGCUUUAUCCUGGUGUUGACCUUUGGUUCCAUCUUAAUGCACGUGCAGAAUGACAGUUUCCUUACAUUCCAGAUGCCCCUGGUGCCGUUCCUUCCAGCCUUGAGUAUGUUUGCUAACAUCAUGCUACUGGCUAACCUAUCAACAAUGGCCUGGAUACGGUUUGGUGUCUGGAUGGCAGUAGGAUUUGUAAUCUACUUCGGUUACGGUGUUCAUCACAGCAAGGAGAACGUGGAGGUGGCGGCAGAAACAACAGCGAUCUCCUACAAUUCUGAAGACGGUGUCUCGGGCAUCGCGGCGAGUAAGGAGGAGAAACCCAGUUAUGAUACAUUUGGUGAAACAAAACAGGACUGAGGUUUUACUGCUCAUCUGAUCACGGGCAAAUAUGAAGGUGUUCUCUGUGGACUUUACCGGGGACUUUGGGAGAAGUCAAAACUGCAAAUCCAACCCGCUGGAGUAAUAAAUAUGUAGUAGAAACAGCCACAAUAAUCACUCGGUCGUCGCCCUAAAAGCAACAUUGUGAUAAUAUUGAUAACCUCUUUGAAUCUCUGAUGAAGCAAAAUGGGCGUCACGUUGCAUGGCUAUGCUGCUGACUUUAGCAGCGUCCACGUAAUUGACGAUGACGAAAUGUAAUAACGAUGAUCGUGAUAACCAAACUGAAAUUCGGUUCAAUUAGUUAUAAUGUAAUGAGUA